UAAACUAGAAAUAAAAUAACUGAGAUCCAUAAAGUGCCGGUGAUACCUUUUUCAUACCAUUAUAAAAAAAGGUCUGCUUUUAAUGGAAUGCUCAUGGCCAUCAAGGUAUUUAUUUGGAGCUACCUAGGAUAGCUUUGUCCUGUACGACUGUACAUCACUUCAACAACUCAAAAGAGUAGUAUCUUGUACUCCAAUUCAACUUAUGCCACCAACUUGAUGAUAUUAAGUGUAAAUGACAGUUCUGGACGACUUAGGGCAGUAUAUUAUUCGGUACAUAUGUCAACACACCAACGGGUCUUCAGGUCAUCAAAUGUUGGAUAUGCAUAGCUGUUUAUUAAUCACGAUCCAUUUCUAUAGGUACCUGCCUUUUAUAUUUCCUGGACUAUAUGAUUUCUUUGCAUUCAAGAAAGCUUAUAAUUGAGGAACUAUGUGCUAAUGUUUUUCUGGUGGGUGGGUCCAGAUCGAUCCAAUUCUCGUAGUUCAAGCUCUGUUCGCAGAGGAGGAAGCAUUCCACACGGCCCAGCAAAGAUUUUCACUUUCCGAGAGCUAGCUAUUGCUACCAAGAAUUUCAGAAAAGAUUGUUUGUUGGGUGAAGGUGGUUUUGGUCGCGUCUAUAAAGGACACAUGGAGAAUGGACAGCAGGUUAUUGCUGUGAAGCAACUUGACAGAAAUGGUUUUCAAGGAAACCGUGAAUUUCUUGUGGAGGUUCUCAUGCUAAGCCUCUUGCACCAUCCCAAUCUUGUCAGAUUAAUUGGCUAUUGCGCAGAUGGUGAUCAGCGCCUCCUAGUUUAUGAGUAUAUGUUAUUGGGAUCGUUAGAAAAUCAUCUGCACGACCGCCCACCAGACAGGGAACCCCUUGAUUGGAAUGCAAGGAUGAGGAUUGCUGUUGGUGCAGCGAAGGGUCUGGAGUACCUGCAUGAUAAGGCGAACCCACCAGUCAUAUACAGAGAUUUCAAGCCAUCAAAUAUUCUUCUGAGUGAAGAUUAUUACCCGAAGCUGUCUGAUUUUGGGCUUGCCAAACUUGGUCCAGUUGGUGAAAAUACCCACGUAUCAACAAGAGUUAUGGGAACGUACGGCUACUGCGCUCCUGAAUAUGCCAUGACAGGGCAGUUGACUGUAAAGUCUGAUGUUUACAGUUUUGGUGUUGUGUUCCUUGAACUUGUUACAGGUCGGAGAGCCAUUGACCACACCAAGCCUGAUGGGGAGUCAAAUCUUGUCGCAUGGGCUCGCCCGAUGUUCAGAGACCGGCGAAAGUUCUGCCAGAUGGCCGACCCGUUGCUGCAAGGUCGCUAUCCCAAGAGGGGUUUGUACCAGGCCUUAGCAGUUGCAGCAAUGUGUUUGCAGGAGAAAGCAGCAUCCCGACCCCUCAUAGGGGACAUUGUCACUGCACUAUCUUAUCUAGCCUCCCAACAUUAUGACCCAAAAAGCUGCAGGACUUGCCCGUCUACCCCAAGGGCGAAAGCGCACCGACGAACAACCAGCUGUGUUCCGGAUGCUCAGCAUGCCGCCAACUCACUUAACUGGGAUGCUGUGGACCUGAGGAGAAAGGAGCCUAGAGGAGGGGAGUUUGAAGAGGAUCACAGUGAAGGCUUCUGCAGUGGCAGUAGCUCUGGAAGGAAUGAUGGCUUGGAUGUGCCAGAACUGCUUGCCUUGCAUAAUGGGAAGUCUUACUCUUACGGCGAAAAUGAUGGUAACCGCAAGUCGGCUGUCAAGGUCGAUGCCCACGAGAAACCGAGAGCAGAUCCUGGGAAAUAUAGCAGGCAGGUUUGACGGCAUAUACAAACAGACAUUGUUGCAGCCAAUUUUGCCCGGUACCUUCACAUCUCCAUUGUUACAGAGCAGCAUUCUUCUCUCACCCAGGCUUGUGUUUCCCCAUUCGAGAUGGUCAUACAUUACACUCCAUGGGUUCUAGU